UUUUUUUGAAAUGCCGCCAUUUGGUUUGCCCCACCCCAGAAAUAAACACCCUUUCAUUUGCCCUGGUCGUUUUCUUUUUCACUUUCUCUUUUUAACCCAAACACAACCCUAAUUGAAGGUACGUCUUUUUUUUGCGUCCUGUAGUACAAAUUAUCUCUACACAACCAUGCUGACUCGUUAUGCUGUAUAGAUGUCUGUCCCUGUUGCUUUCAACGAUAUCGGCAAGCCCGCCAAGGAUCUUUUGACCAAGGAUUACCCCGUCGGUGGUGUCAAGCUCGAAGUCAAGACCACCGCUCCCAACGGUGUGACUUUCAAGGUCAACGGUCAGAGAGACAACAAGACUGGCAUCAUCGUUGGUGAUCUUGAGACCAAGUAUGCCGACAAGGCUAAGGGUAUCACCUUCACUGAAGCUUGGACCACCUCCAACCACUUGAACGGCAAGAUUGAACUUGAGAACAACCUUGCUAAGGGUCUUAAGCUCGAAUUGUUGACUUCCCUUUUGCCCUCUGUCAACGAAAAGGCUGCCAAGAUCAACGCCACCUACAAGAAGCCCAACAGCCACACCGUUGCCACUCUUGAUAUCUUCAAGACCCACUUCAGCGUCAACUCUGUUGUCGGUCAGCAAGGUUUCCUCGUUGGUGGUGAAGUUGCCUACAACGUUCUCGAUGGCAAGAUCAGCCGCUAUAACGCUGCCAUUGGCUACUCUGCCCGUGAAUACGGUGUUGCUAUCCACGCCACCAACAACUUGAGCCACUAUGCUGCCUCUUACUACCAUCGUGUCAACAGCGAUCUCGAGGCUUCCGGUAAGGCUGCCUGGGACUCCAACGGCUCCAACGCUGUUGCCCUCGAAGUCGGUGCCAAGCUCCAGUUGGACCCCUCUGCUUUCGUCAAGGGUAAGAUCUCCAACUCUGGUGUCCUCGGUGUCGCUUAUACCCAGGCUCUCCGCCCUGGUGUCAAGAUCAACCUUGGUGCUUCCAUUGAUACUACUCGUCUCAAUGAGAACGCUCACAAGCUCGGUCUCUCUUUCACUUUGGAAAACUAAACUGCUUAUGUCGUUAUCUAGAAGUAGAAAAGGCAUCUUUAAGGAAAAGGCUUUGUGGGGUUUCCUCUCGUUCCCUUUGCUUAUGCUUUGUUUAAAUGAAUCUUACUCUAAAUAUAUGCCACUUUACUCCUUAACUUUA